UCUCCCUCCUCCGUUUCGCUUGCCCGAAAUCGAAGUUGAAGUGUCCGAUACCAUACCAGCAGUAGCAGCACAGCGCAGCUAGUAGCUCUCUUGCUCCUCCCCACCCCCAACCUCUCCGUCUCCUCCAAAUCUCGCCGGAUUCCGCCUCCCCGCCCGCCCCCGCAUCCGCCGCAGGUGAGCGCUCGCUGGCCCUUGGCCGCCACGGUGGCGGCCUUGGGGGUGGCAGCUGGAGCCCCGGCGUGGUGGAGGGAGCUGACCCCUGUUCGUUGGGCGCUUUCAGGUUCGCGCCCGUUGCACCACCGCCGGUGGUGUGGGUGCUGGUUGGCGGAGUCGACCCCGAGGGUCGGCCAUGGAAUACCGGCCCUCCGACAGCAGCGGAACUGAUGAUGAUCUUCCACAAUUUCCAAAUAGUAGGAGUAUCAGAGGCAGUGGACGUGUCAGUGGUAAUGGGAGAGCUCUUGUUCCUGCCAGUUCAUAUGCUAGGGCACCGACAGAUAUGGAAGCACAAAUUCAACAACUUGAGCAAGAAGCAUAUUGCUCAGUCCUUCGUGCAUUCAAAGCCCAGUCUGACGCCAUUACAUGGGAGAAGGAAGGUCUCAUGACUGAACUUAGGAAGGAGCUAAGAGUAUCUGACAAAGCACACAGGGAGCUGUUAAAUAGAGUCAACAACGAUAAUAUUAUAUGUAGCAUAAGGGAAUGGAGAUCAACAGGAGGGCUUCAGGCAGGCUUGUCCAAUAACCCACAACCAAUUCAUGACCCUGUUCCCAGUCCUACCACCUCUGGACGGAAGAGGCAAAAGACAUCUCAAUCUGUUCCUGCUUUACCUGCACCGCCUCUUGCACUGCAUUCACAGCAGCUGGCUACACCAACACAGCCAUCGUCUUCAACUGCUAGGAAAGCAGUUCCCCCAGGCCCUAAAGGCAAAAAGAUGAAACCAGGUCAGAAGGUACCAGGUGGCUCUGCAGCCAAGCCCAUGUCAUCUUCAGCAGGUCCUAGUGGAAGAGGACCACACAUGAAUAGGAAUUUUCCUGGUGGUUCUGCUCCUGAAGCUCAAGCUCAGAAUCUUGAUCCAUUGGUUGGUCGUAAAGUGAUGAGUCGGUGGCCUGAAGAUAAUAGUUUCUAUGAAGCAGUCAUAUCCGAUUAUAAUGCUGAAACGGGCCUUUAUGCGUUGGUUUAUGACAUCAAUACGGCAAAUGAAACCUGGGAGUGGGUUGAUCUUAAAGAGAUGGGACCUGAAGACAUAAGAUGGCAAGAGGAUGACUCUGGGAUAGACCCUGUGACAUAUCUGCGCAGCCGAGGUGCCCCAACUAGUGGGGUUAGGAAGCCAACAGGUCGCGGUGGGCCCAUGCCAGGUUCUGGAAGAGGAAGAGGAUUACAGAAGAACAUGUCUAAGAAAGAUUUUCCACCUCCACAAAACGGUGUUGGCAAGAGAAGUUCCGAUGACAUUGAUAUCCUUCAUACUGAGAGCCUAAUAAAAGAGGUGGAGAAAGUUUUCAGCAUUAGCAAUCCUGAUCCACAGGAAGUAGAAAAGGCAAAGAAAGCACUGAAGGAGCAAGAACAGUCGUUGAUUGACGCGAUAGCAAGGCUUGCUGAGGCAUCAGAUGGUGAAAGUGAUGGGCACAAUCGUGGGCGAAGGAACUUGUAUGCUGGUAACCAGCAUCAAGCAAACUACAUUGAUGCCAUGCCCGUUGGUGACCAAGCUGAUGCCAUGUAAACACUGCAUGAACAUGUAUACACAACAUAAGAUAAUUGUCUGUUGUACAAUCCAUUGCUAAUAUUGGUUCUGGAUUUAGGUAUCUGUAGGCUAAGUAUCUUUUUGUUUUGGGUCACUUGAAUUUUUUUUAGUAGAAUUGUAAUUCAGAAUGCUGACCAAGUAAAGCUUGUAGAUGUGUGUUUCUUUCUCUAGCUUUUUGUUAGUGUGGUCUCAGCUUCUAUAUGCAUAAUAAAAGGAAAAAGAUCACGUUUGUAAAAUACUAAGUUUAUCUUUCACCA